UUUCGGGAGUUGUAGUGCGGAGAUUGACGCACCAGGCAGUGACAAGGGGGCGGGCUCGCCGUCCGUCGCGGGAACGAGCCAGUCUGCAAAGUGAAACACACAAAUAAAAACGCUUCAUGGCAUCGGCCGGUUUACCUCGGGAUCACGAGCGGCCCCAGAAAAGGCCUUUUCUGAUCGGAGUGAGCGGCGGAACCGCUAGCGGCAAGUCAACAGUAUGUGCAAAGAUCAUGGAACUUCUUGGCCAGAAUGAAGUGGAUAGUCACCAGCGCAAGGUGGUCAUUUUGAGCCAGGACUGCUUCUAUAGGGUGCUAACUCCAGACCAGAGAGCCAAGGCACUGAAGGGUCAAUACAAUUUUGAUCACCCAGAUGCCUUUGAUAAUGAACUGAUGUACAAAACUCUGAAGGACAUCGUAGAGGGUAAAACUGUGGAAGUUCCCACCUACGAUUUUGUGACCCAUUCCAGGUUGCAAGAAAUGACCACAGUGUACCCUGGGGACGUAGUCCUCUUUGAAGGCAUUCUGGUUUUUUAUGGUCAAGAAAUCAGAGACAUGUUUCACCUGAAACUUUUUGUGGACACGGACUCAGAUGUGAGGCUGUCACGCAGAGUUCUCCGAGACAUGCAGAGAGGAAGAGAACUGGAACAGAUUCUCUGUCAGUACACCACAUUUGUGAAGCCUGCAUUUGAAGAAUUCUGCUUGCCGACCAAGAAAUAUGCUGAUGUGAUUAUACCCCGGGGUGUGGAUAACAUGGUUGCCAUCAACCUAAUAGUCCAGCACAUUCAGGAUAUCCUCAAUGGAGAUAUUUGCAGGUGGCAACGUGGAAUCACCAAUGGACACAGUCGAGGCAACAAGAGGACACUGUCAGAGCAAGGGGAUGUGGCCAGCGGUAACCUAAACCCAAUAGGGAAACGGGUGCUCUUGGAGCCUUCAAGCCGGCCCCACUAGGACAGCCACAUGCGUCAAUCUUUUCAGUUACAGCAUCUUGUGAAACAGCCAUAAUUAAUUACAAGGCAGCAACACAAAGACCCACUUUGGUAGGACAAUGUCAUAACUAAUGUGGGGAAAAUUUGCUAAAAUUAUUUAGGGGAAAAAAUGUGGAAGGAUCCUGUAGGGGCUUCAAUGCAAAGGGUUUUCAUGCUGUGGGGUACCAAAUACAAAGCCAUGGAGCAGAGAUCUUUUUAUUUACUUCUUGAAGUGAAAAGUUCUAAGGAGGUUCUAAUGGUUCAAAGGUUUUCAUACCAUUUUGAGAUGCCAGACGUGUCUGUGUGAAGUGCGGCUUUUAAGCAUCUUGCUGUGUCUAAAUCCCUCUCCGGCUAUAUUUCAUUUACAGUACGUCAAGUGCCAGGAUGGUAGUGUUGGCGUUUACUCCGACAGAACACUUUGCAGUGCUGCUGCUCACGUCUCCAAAUGUGAAUUUUACUCUCAUAUACAUGCUGAUGCAAAAUGGAUAGUACUUGUUUAGUUAAUAACUAGAAUAAUAAGCUGUCAUGAUAAUCUGUACACCAUAAUACAGUGUUCACAUAAAGUAUUAAUUUUAAGGAAAAUAAUUACUUGUAAGCAUUUUUGUAAUAAAUAUACCUAAUUA